AUGUUUCACUAUUUCAUUAUAGUUCUUUCGUUCUGUUCAUGGGCUCUGGCAGCUGGCCUACUCAAAGAGAACGCUAAACUAAUUGCAAGAGAACACCUUGAAGGUACUCUAAUGCUACUUGGAUAUUACACUUUCAAUGGUACAACUUACUUAGCACCAAACGAAAACUCCGAAGUCACAUUCAAUGUAGAUUCAAUUACCUCCAACCUUUACAGUAACGAUGGCAGAUUCUGUGAUGUCCUGGAUACUGAUUACUUCAUUUUUGUUAAUACGCCUACUGCAAGAAAAUUUGAAAUUUGGGAUUUUCCAUUAGGUAUUGAAGUUACUCACUUACCAUAUAAUUACUUUAUAUGUGAUAUACCUUCAAUAGGAGCAGCAGUACUUCUUACAGUUGCUACCGAAGUUCAAUGUUUAGGAGUUGCCUUGUACUUUGAUCAUGACGCUGUUAUUGCCGAUCCUACAACAUCUACUAGUUCUACUAGUUCUACUAGUUCUACUAGUUCUACUAGUUCUACUAGUUCUACUAGUUCUACUAGUUCUACUAGUUCUACCAGAUUUAGAUCUACUAGUCGAACAACUUCAGCCAGUCUCACAGUAUCUACUAGUCUUACGAGUCAUACAACAUCUACUAGUUCUACUAGUCGAAAAACUUCCGUAACCACCAACAAACCAGAGCCUUCCUUAGCUGCUCUUUUCGCACUAGAUGAAAAUAGUAGAAUAUCAUUAAGAACUCUUGAAGUUUUAGAAAGCGCAAAUGAUAGUGCUUCUGGCAUUCUGAAACGUGAAGACAGUAUAGCAGUUCCAGAAGUUACUUAUUUGGUGGUUGGAACUGAUGAUGAUUCUGCAUUUUACAUCCUAGAUGGCAAGCUUUACAAUAUAGAAGGUCUUGUGGCCGGUAAUGAACACUCGACAUUUAUUACCUUUGCAUCCGAGGGAGGAUUGACAGGAUUCGAUAUCUCUGAAGAUGGUGAUUUGUAUUAUAGAGGAGAUGAUAUAUUCUAUUAUUGCUAUUUGGAUGGAGGAAAUACUACUUUCAGAGCAAUUUCCCUUGAAGAUAUAGGAUCUUGUAAUGUAACUUCACUUAUAUUAAAAGAUAGUAACGAGGAAGAUUCUUCUACCGUUAUUACUACUGUUUUUCUCCUCACUGAAACUAGUACCAUUACCGAAUGUCCAGAUUCAGUGACCGAUUGUCCAGACUUCUCCACAAUCGUCCAUACUAUUACUACAACAUACUGUCCGGACACAGAACCUGGUCCAUAUACAAUCACUUUAUAUGCAGCAGUAGAAACCGGAGACGAAAGCGAAAGUGAAAUUCGUACAUUUAUAACUACAAUAUGUGAUACGGUAUGCGAGACAGCACUUUCUUCUUCUGUCCAACCAGGUUCCAUGGCAACAGAGAUCCCUAUUUUUAAUAGUGCUGGCACUUUAACUAGUUGGUUUGGGUUAUCUAUUGCGGCUUGUCUUAUAUUGUUACUUUGA